GCGCAAUAGAGAGAAAGAGGGAGGCUGAGUUGACAGUGUGACAGACUUUCUCGGGGACUCACUGGAAAUACCUUUGGCCGGGUCGCUGUCAUAAGGCGCCCCUACGUGUUUAACUAGACUCCGGAGGAUUUCAGCCUCGUUGAGAGACCCGCAGCUCACCGCCCAGAGCCCUGCACCCUCCCGCAGCUUUAAAAAGGGAACAAAUAGGACGAGUGGCGCUGCUUCAGAUUCCUCUCUGAUCACAGAGGAUGGGACUGAAUUGAGAAGAAGCAGCGGCAUUGCAGAAGAAAAGAAAAAAAAAAGCUCUGUGGAUAUUUUCAGUAACCAUCAAGUUGGGACUCGUCGACAUACAAAGCUGGGCUUUUAGCAAACGUUUUACCUUCUUACGAGAACAUGGAGAACUGAUCAGAGGUCAGCAGGCGCACAAAAAGGAAGCUCCUCCCUCCCUGUCCACUGACUACAAUGGCGGGGCUCAAACGUCAUCAUGACGGGAAAAUCGCCGGGCUGUAUGAUCUGGACAAGACGCUGGGCCGUGGACACUUUGCUGUGGUCAAACUGGCGCGACAUGUUUUCACGGGGGAAAAGGUUGCCGUGAAGGUGAUAGACAAGACUAAGCUGGACCCGGUGGCACGGGGCCACCUUUUCCAGGAGGUGCGGUGCAUGAAGAUGGUGCAGCACCCCAACGUGGUGCGCCUGUACGAAGUCAUCGACACGGCCACAAAGCUCUACCUCAUCCUGGAGCUGGGAGACGGAGGAGACAUGUACGACUGCAUCAUGAAGCAUGACGGAGGACUCACUGAAGAGGUGGCCAAAUGUUUCUUUGCCCAAAUUGUCCACGCCAUCUCCUACUGCCACCGGCUGCACGUGGUGCACAGGGACCUAAAGCCAGAGAAUGUGGUGUUUUUUGAGAAGCAAGGUGUCGUCAAGCUAACUGACUUUGGCUUCAGUAACCGCUUUCAGCCUGGGAAAACUCUCAACACCUCCUGUGGCUCACUGGCCUACUCGGCUCCUGAAAUACUGCUGGGGGACGAGUAUGACGCUCCUGCCGUGGAUAUCUGGAGUCUGGGGGUUAUCCUCUACAUGCUGGUGUGCGGUCAGCCCCCCUUCCAGGAGGCUAACGACAGCGAGACGCUGACCAUGAUCAUGGACUGCAAAUACACAGUGCCUCCACACAUCUCCCAUGCAUGCCGAGAUCUUAUAGCUCACAUGUUGCAGAGGGACCCUAAGAACCGAGCAACCCUGGAUGAAAUCGGGGGUCACGAAUGGCUUCAAGGUGUCGACCCCUCACCUGCCACCAAGCUGUCCACCCCAUUGGUGUCGCAUCGCAGCCUGUCGGAGGAAGAGCACGGCUCCAUCAUCCAGCGCAUGGUGCUUGGGGCCAUAGCAGAUCGAGACACCAUAACCGAAGCUCUGGAGUCAAAUCAGUACAACCACAUCACAGCUACAUACUUCCUGCUGGCUGAGAGGAUGCUGAGGGACAGGCAAGAGAAGGAGCAGUACAGCCAGACACGAUCGCCCAGCCCCAGCAAGGCCCAGUUCAGGCAGUCCUGGCCCACCAGAGUUGAUGUUCAUCAGGAUGUCAGCGAUGGCUUAGGAGGUCCAGGUAUCUCCCACCCUGGAGGGCCACAGUCCCCAGCCCGCAGUGCUGAGAGCCUCCACAAAGGCCCCAGGCCUAAAACAGCUCUGCUGGACAUCAGCCAGCGUCAGGAGAACAACAGCCUGACACUCAGCCAGCAGCAGCAGCCUGCUCGACAAAACCAGGAGAGGGGGCUCCGGCCUCUGGCAAAGCCUCACUUAAACCCCCUCAGGCUGGGCUCUCUGACCUCAGUAGGCCCCUGCAAACCUCGCAGUCCCAGUCUCUUCAGCGUGGAGGAAGAUGAGGAGGAAGAAGGUUGUGAAGACAAAUUAUCCCCCUCUACACUACCUGCUCAGGUGGUGCUUCGUUGCAAAGCCUCAUCUUCCUCUUCCUCAUCACCCUUAUCGGCUUCUGGUAACCGGCUGACAUCCCGUAUGAGUGCGCCUGUUCUUAACCAGAUCCAUGAGGAGGAUAAAGAGGAAGUGGAAGAGGAGGAGCAGAGCGAAGUGCUUGGACUUGGCCCACCCAAACCCAGCCUCAGUCUCAAUUUGAACUCUAGAAUACCGUCACCAUUAACGCUUAUGUCCUCACCUAAAAUUGUUGGUAUCAAAGCACCGGUUGCUGCUUUCACUCCAAGUCCAGAGACUAGUGAUGAUGACACCGAAAGCCAUAAACCAGACUCUGCUAUUGUAAGUGGACAGGACAAUGAGAGUGAAAGAGGGCAAAUGGAUGGAGAGACAAGGGGGUCAGGGCAGGGCAGCCCUACCAACUGUGCUAGUCCUGGAUCAGGUUCAGGCCAAGGCAAGGGCACAGCCAAAGCUGCUAGCGGCCUGGUGGAAAGCUUAAAGCUGAUGAGCCUGUGCCUGAGCUCUCAGUUCCACAACCUGACAGGGGGGGGAGGGGGAGGGAGUGUGGGCAGCACCAAUGUUGUUGGCGGUGACACCCAAGACCGCCCAAUGUGGAGGAUGUGCAUGGGCGGCUCAACCGGCAGCCUGGAUAAGGUCUCACUACUGGGUGGCCCUUCACCCAGAGGGAACCUGUACCACCCUCAGCCCCCGCUGGGAGACGCGCUGGCAGACCCACUGCUGGAGGGCCCCUGCACGGGCACCCUGAGGCUGGGAGAACUGGACCUGGCCAGGGAGAACCACAGGAACAUAAAGAACCGGGUACUACAGAUGCCUCUGAGCGACAAAACUCUGUCCGUCAACAUCCACAGAAGCCCGAAGGAGGGUCUUCUCUGUACUCCGACCCCACACAGCUGCUGCCAGGUCAUCUAGUGCGCAGACAGCUGCUCCAUCAGCUGCUGCACCUCCACACUCCUCCAUCCUCAUCUACACGUUUAUUCCUUUCAUCUUUGCUUUAGCCUUUGACUCAUGAGUUCACGUUAUUAUUGCCUUUUGUGCUGUUUCCUAUUGUUUAACACUUACGGUGAAUAACCAAGAGAAAUUCCAAAAGCCACCCUUGCACUUUUAGAAACGCGACAAGUCUCCAAGGAGGAGACUGGGUGCCAUGCCAAAUAUGUGAAGCACUUUGAGCAGAUUAAACGGGACACUACGGGGACGUUUUAACCUUCUGGUGUGUUUUUAAAUAAGAGACAUUAAGUAUGGAAACAGGUAAAGGAGGUGCUCACAUCCCUGCUCUUAACACUUCUAUUUAUUGUAUUUACAGACUUUGUGCACAUUCACACACCCACCUUUAUCACUGUCUGAUAAGCUGAUAAAAGGGAAACUUGAUGAGCAGGGUUAGUUCAAGUGUCAUGUUACAUGUUGUCUUUUGUUGUACUUUAUGCUGUUUUUUUUUUUAAUAUCAUUAUUUUUUAAAUUAUUUUUUGAGACAAUCCUUUUAUCUGUUUUUUUAUACUGACUGAAAGAGUGAUGUGACUGUUUUCAUUCAAAUGAGGACUAACAACAGGGUGACCAUGGACAGCAGCACUUAUGUGUUAUGGUGGCACAAAUAUAUUGUAGUCUAUCACUGUUUUAUUUUUCUAUCUCUUAACAUGCUCUGCAGACUCAGAAAGAAAAAAAAACGCACACUCACUUGUCAACUCUCUGCGCUGUUACACGGCAGAGUCUGUACAUAUGUGAAUACCCUCUUAGCAGUACUCUGUACCUGUAGUAUUGGCAGUAAAGUUGUAUUGCAGUAGAAACCUGAAUACUAGAUCCUUCUUCACCAUUGUCCUUCACUCCUACUGGAUAUCCAAGGUUUUGGUUGAACCCAGAGCUUGAGUUGUGUUUUGGUUGCUGAAAAACAAACAAGCAUUUAAAGUCAUCCCAGGAAACAGACUUUAAGGCCGUUAUGCAUAAAGGCAGUUCUUUAAAUUCAAAAUGAAUGCUUCCUGGGUGGAACCUAAACCAUGUAGAUCCAGUAGUCUUCCAGGAUCACGGUAGCCACUGUUGUAGCGUUUUUCCCAAAACAAAAACAACAACUAAGGGGCUUCAGUAGAACAUAAUAACAUCGCCCCUUUAAGUAUCGGUCUGUGUAACUGGAUGUGUGACCCACCCCUAGUGGAAUAUAUAACCUGACAGUGCAUGUGUUUUGCUGUAGCAACCUUAUUCCUACCCACUGAGGUCAAUACACCUACUGUAUCUACCUAAGGAACAGAUUCUAUUGGUCACUUUACUGUAGCCUCACAGCAAUACCAGCGACUGCAAAAUGUACAACAAAAAUGGAUGUGCCAUAAAAAUCUGUCUUGAGCAUAUUGUACCGUAUGUAUAUGAUAGAGAUCUAUUAAAAUGAAACGAUGUGAA